AUGAUUGAAAAGAAGGAGGAUUUUCUCAUUGUGGCGCCAUUUGAGUGCGCAUGGCGAAAGGAUUUGAAAUUCCGAGAACCAGGUCGGGGUUGCGUGGGUUUUCGAAGCUUUUGCGCCAACGAUAUCACAUUGGUUUUCCGGGAGAAUGUCGGAAGCCGGCACUACCAUUACAAAAGGGAUAGCAGUCCUCACUAUACCGUCAUUUUGGGUAGCCAUAGGAAUAGAAGGCUGAGAUUGAGGUUAUGGAAAAACCGUUGUGAUGUGGCUGGUUCUGGACUUUGUUGCUCUUCAUCGUUCCAGAGUUAUUGGAUCAGCAUCUACGAUGGGUUGAUCAGCAUCGGCAAAGGAAAAUACCCUUUCCAGAAUAUUGUGUUUCAGUGGUUGGAUUCUAAUCCUAACUAUAAUGUUCAGUAUAUUGGGCUCUGCAGCUGGGAUAAGCACGUUGGAUAUAGAAAUGUUAAUGUGUUGUCGUUAACACAUAAUCACAUGUCCCAGUGGAAGCACGUGAGUUUUGGUGAAUAUGAAGUUGUGGAGGAGGGUGACGAGGAGUUGGGGGACAAACCGAUGGAUUAUGACAAUUGGGGGCUGAAAAAUUUUCUGGAGAGCUGGGAAUUGUCUGACGUUUUAUUCAUUGUUGGUGCAGAGGAAAGACCUGUACCUGCUCAUAAAGCCAUUUUAUCAGCAUGUGGGGAUUUUCCUAUAACCUCAUCAUUCUCUGUUAUUUCGCUGUCCACGGUUACUUACCCAGUUUUUCAUGCACUGCUUCAGUACAUCUACGCUGGCUGGACUGAGAUUCCUCCGGAACAACUUGUUUCCUUGAGGGCUCUAAGUUUACAGUUUGAAGUGAUGCCACUGGUUAAACAAUGUGAAGAGGCUAUGGAGCGGUUUAGGCUAAACCAAAAGUUCGUCUCGGGGAAGAAUGUGGAGCUAUCAUUUCCAAGUGCUAGGCCUCAUUGUUGUUCAACUUUGCCCUCACUUCCUGUCAGUAGUCAGAGACUAAAGCAAUUGCAAUUAACUGGCCAGUACAGUGACGUAAACGUAUAUAUUGAGGGUUAUGGGCGUGUCGCCGAAGCACAUAAAAUUGUUCUCAGUUUAUGGAGUAUCCCAUUUGCCAAGAUGUUCACAAACGGAAUGAGUGAAAGUAUGUCAUCAGAGAUCACUUUCAGGGAUGUGCCACCAGAAGCUUUUAAAGCUAUGUUUGACUUCUUAUACAGUGGGAAACUAAAUGAUGAAGUCAAUAUAGAUUCUGGUUCUUUGUUGCUGGAGCUGCUUUUAUUGGCUGACCAAUUUGGAGUGACUCUUCUUCACCAGGAUUGCUGUAAAAUGCUUCUAGAAUGCCUGUCAGAGGACUCAUUAUGUCCACUCCUUCAAGUGGUUUCUUCGAUCCCAUCAUGUAGACAUAUUAAAGAAACAUGUCAGAGGAAAUUCGCCAUGAACUUUGACUACUGUAGUAGCGCGAGUGCCGACUUUGUCUUGUUAGAUGAUACAACUUUCAGCAAUAUAAUUCAGCAUCCAGAUUUGACUGUUACAUCUGAAGAGAAAGUUCUCAAUGCAAUCCUAAUGUUUGGCAUGAAAACUCAAGAACUAGUUGCAUGGGAAGUGGUGGAUGAGUUAAUGAUUAAUUCAAAACCUGAACUUCUUUUUGGUGAGAGGCUUCAGUUAGUUCAUGACUUGUUGCCAUUUGUGAGAUUUCCGCUACUUCCAUAUUCGUUGCUUAAAAAGUUGCAGAGUAGCAACAUUAGCAGACACAUUCUUGCGUUUCAAAAUCUUGUUAAUGAGGCUCUUAAUUUUGCUGAAGAUGGACUGGCAAGGCCCGAAGAUAAAGAGAAUGUUAGAUUCCUUCACAGACGAUCUAGUUACAAGGAGCUUCAGUACAUAUGUGAUGGGGACAGCAAUGGAGUCUUGUAUUUUGCAGGCACAUCAUAUGGAGAACACCAGUGGGUUAAUCCUGUUUUAGCCAAGACAAUUACCAUCGCAGCUAGCAGUCCCCACUCAAGAUACACUGACCCCAAGGUUUUGGUAUCGAGAACUUACCAGGGAACAUCAUUUGCAGGCCCUCGGUUGGAAAAUGGACAUAAUUGUGCCUGGUGGAUGGUUGACCUUGGCCAAAAUCAUCAGCUUAUGUGCAACUACUACACCUUACGACAGGACGGGUCCAGGGCGUUCAUGAGAUUUUGGAAUUUCCAGGGCUCUCUCGAUGGGAAGAGCUGGACGAAUUUGAGAGUACACGAGAACGACGCGACAGUGAGCAAGCCUGGUCAGUUUUCAUCUUGGCCCAUAACUGGACCCAACGCUCUGCUUCCCUUCAAGUAUUUCCGGGUUGUUCUAACGGCUCCCACCACUGAUGCCACUAAUCCCUGGAACCUGUGCAUCUGUUACUUGGAACUAUAUGGCUAUUUCCUUUAGAACUAUUUGGCUUACUUGUGUGCUGUCCUCUGUAAAGAGCCUUGUGAGAAAAGUUUCGGUCCCUGUUACUCUAAGAACUUGCACUUGAAGUUAAAAAUAAUUUCUUUCUUUACAUGAAUGUGGAAGUUAUAAUUAAAUUGUAGGGUAACACGCUCUUAGGAAGCAUUUUAUGGCGUCUGGACUCUAGCGCUCCGCAUAGUGAAGUAUCGUUGUUUCUUUUUACCAGCCUUGCUUGAUGAUUGGUAUUUACUUGGCAAAUCAUACAGUUCA